UUCUUUCAAUUUUUCUCUUCAUGUCUUCUUCCAACCUUCGUUGGUUUCGUUUCUUUCUGUAUUCUUGUUGGCUGUCUUGUAGUUAUAGGUACAUGCAUUGUUGAAAGAGAAGAUUGAAUAGAAGAACCAAAGCCCAGAAGGAACCAACAGUAAACUGAAUCUUUGUGGUUGUUCUGGGAGAAAUGUCAUAUUCAGACAAGCCCAAACCCGAAAAAGGGUUGGAUUCCCUCUCUGAUCAGUUACGCUCCGCUUUGAGUUGCGAAGACAACAAACCUGAUUCCAAACAACUCGAUCUGGGCUCGCCGGUUUCGCCAUUGACGACUCGUAGGUCGGGACGCGGUGGCCGUGCUACCAGUGGAUUGACGACUACUAGCAGCAGUUCUAGCUCGUCUGGUUCGGUUUCAGGGAAAACUGCGAACCCCGCAGUAGUCAAAAGAUCCGAUGUUGGUCGAAAGAGCCACUCAGGCGAGCUAUCGGGCUCGAGCGGAAGCAGUCCAACUGCGGCGGAGAGCACACGAUCCGGCUCUGCGACCCGUAAUUACAAGCCUGGUCAUGCCAGAUCUAAUUCCGGCGGCGCCCCAUUAAUCUAUUCGGGCGGAAGCGUCGCCAGCGGUGGCGGCUGUGGAGGCUCCGUUAAUUCGCCCACUGUGAAUGUACUUCCCCCGACUGGAAACAUUUGUCCAUCAGGAAAGAUUUUGAAGACUGGAAUGGCGACUAAGAGCUCUCCAAGAAGGGACGUUCUUGGCUCUGGCACUGGGAACUACGGGCAUGGUAGUAUAAUGCGGGGCGGCGUUAGUGGUGGAAAAUUGGGCGGUGGUAGUAGUAGUGGUGGUGAAGCGAGUCCAGCCAAUGUAACGGGUAAUAAACAAUUCGCGGGGGAAUCAAUGACGAUGAAAAACGCUAUGGGGGCGAGUUGGGAUUUAGAGACGGUGACGAAGGCAGGCAAUGAGCAGUACAAGAAGGGAAAUUUGUUAGAAGCGCUGUCUCUUUAUGAUCGAGCGAUUUCGAUAUCUCCGGGCAAUGCAGCAUGUCGAAAUAACAGGGCAGCUGCAUUGGCGACUCUUGGUAGGUUAACCGAGGCCGUGAAGGAAUGCGAAGCGGCUGUCAGGCUGGAUCCUGCUUAUGGCAGGGCCCAUCAGCGUUUGGCAUCUCUGCAUCUGCGGUUAGGGCAAACUGAAAAUGCCCGAAAACACUUGUUUUUACCUGGGCAGAAGCCUGAUCCGGUGGAGUUACAAAAGUUGAAGGCUAUGGAGAGGCAUCUGAAGAGAUGUGCUGAUGCCCGGAAGAUGGGUGAUUGGAAGAAUUUAUUGAAGGAAGUUGAUGCUGCCAUUGCAGCUGGAGGAGACUAUUCUCCUCAGCUCUUUGCAUGUAGAGUAGAAGCGUUCUUGAAGCUUCACCAUCUGGAGGAUGCAGACUCUGGCCUUUCAAGCAUCCCUAAAUUCGAACCAGCUACCUCUUCAUGUUCACAGACCACGUUCUGUGGAUUCUAUUCCGAAGCUUACCUGUACUUUGUCCGUGCCCAGGUUGACAUGACAAUGGGGAGGUUUGAGAAUGCAGUUGCUGCAGCUGAGAAAGCUGUGCAGCUUGAUCCCGGUAGCUUUGAAAUUGCAGUGAUGCUGAACAAUGUGAAGUUAGUGGCAAGUGCCCGUGCCCGGGGUAAUGAUCUCUUCAAAGCUGGGAUGUUUGAUGAAGCCUGCUCAGCAUAUGUUGAGGGCUUCAAGGGUGAUCCUUUCAACUCUGUCCUUCAUUGCAAUAGAGCAGCAUGUUGGUCUAAACUUGGGCAGUGGGAGAGAUCCAUUGAUGACUGUAACCAAGCUCUCAGGAUCCGGCCCAAAUACACUAAGGCCCUUCUUCGACGGGCUGCCUCAUAUCUACAGCUAGAACGAUGGGCUGAAUCUGUGAGGGACUAUGAAGUUUUGAGAAAGGAACUUCCAGGUGAUAACGAGGUUGCAGAAGCUUUAUUCCAUGCCCAAGUUGCAUUAAAGAACUCCCGAGGAGAGGAAGUUUAUAACAUGAAAUUUGGUGGUGAGGUGGAGAAAGUAUUAGGUCUUGAUCAAUUUAGAGCUGAAAUAUCUUCACCUGGUGUUUCAGUAGUGCACUUCAAGGCAGCAUCAAACAAGCAGUGUGAGCAGAUAUCUCCCUUUGUGGACACUCUAUGUCACCGGUAUCCAUCUGUGAAUUUUGUCAAGGUUGACGUCGAGGAGAGCCCAGAGGUAGCUAAGGCAGAGAAUGUUAGAAUUGUUCCAACAUUCAAGAUUUACAAGAAAGGUAGCAGAGUUAAGGAGAUGAUCUGCCCUACUCCUCAGGUUUUGGAGUCCUCGGUGAGGCAUUACAGUCUCUAGUACAAAAGCAUUUGUAUCUCAUUUUCUUUGUUCUUUCCCCCCUCUUGCAAUCCAGCCCCAUAUCUCUCUCCCAAUGUUUUCUAUCUUUCCACCAAUUCAUACAGAGCUAGCAGUUCAGCUUUGACCAAAAUCAGCGAUGUAAUAAUUUCAUAGAGCCAAAAGCCCAGAAGAAUCCAGAGAGAGAACCUAGGUCCCGUAGUAGUUUUAUUCAUUCUUUCCAUUCCAUUCCAUUGUUUCUCUGGUUAUAUGUUCCACCCAUCUUUCAUUUUUCAAUUCCUUUAUCCCCCCCCCCCCCCCCAAGUCCUUAGGCCGGCCUCAUUCUUGUAUCCUCACCUUCCUCAUCAGUAGAAAAAAGCUGUACCUGUACACUAAAUUGGCUCUUUUAGGUCUAUUUCAGAGAGAGAGAGAGAGGGUCGGCUGGUAGAAGAUAUUGUGCACAUGUAUAUAGAAGAAACAUACCCCAAAAAAAAAGGGGGGAAAAAAAAACAAAAUUGGAAGCGAUGACAGAUUGGAGAUCUGGUGGUUACUACAGGGUUAGUGAGAGGAGGUUGACCAAGAUGUUGUUGUUAUUGUUGUUGCCAUGCUCUACCAUUCCUUGAAUAAGAAAAAAAAAUCUCAUUCUUUUUG